AUGCUGUCCCUAAGUCUAUCUGCAGAAUCAGGCUUACUUCACAGCUGGCCAAUUUUAACGGCUGGAAUUUUUGUGUCUGUGACACUUCUACUGUCAUUUUAUCUUAUUUUCGAGCAUCUUGGAGCCUACAAUCAGCCUGAGGUAUGUUUUUAUAUACAUUCGCGGCAAAGAAAGAAAAUUCAGAUUGCUUUAAUAUUUAUAAUUCAUAAAUAUUUAAAUAAUUUUUAUUAUAUAUUUCCUUUGAUGCGAUUCAUGUAAAUUCAUGUCUUUUGAGUCACUGUCAAAAACUCUUACAAAUAAUUUGCUGACUUGGAUCGUGUAGAUAAAUAAUUGAUGUUCACGAUAAUGAUUGAGUUCCUCUUUUUCUGUUUCAGGAGCAGAAGUUCUUGAUUGGCUUGAUUCUAAUGGUUCCUAUUUAUUCUAUAGAAUCGGUAUGUUGAACUGUAGCUUUGCAUCCUGCUAAGUGUAAAUAAAAUUUUCUCAUUUUUACUUGAAUAUCUAAAAUGAAUUGUGUUUGUCAUUCUUUCAUGGUGCAUAGUGUCCAACUGAAUGAUCUUUGCAACAGGGUGCUGCCUAAAAUUUUUCUUGGGAGGUUUCUCGUUUUUAAGAUGACAUUUCCGUGUUACAGAGCCGUUUUUUCUUACUCCAUUUUUUUUUUCUUGGGUUCGUUUGACUGAAAGAAAUCUGGAGUGGAUAAGUCCGUGUCAUGUGAACUCCUUUUUAUUUCCUUGCAUAUUUUUUAUCCAGUUUGAAAAAUAACAUGCUUAGUAAUAUUUCUGUUUGGUCAGUUAAUCAUGUGUGAGUGUGCACAGAAAUUAUCCAUAGUUUUUUUUCUUCUGAAGAACGUAUUGUAUCACGUUAUCAUUAAUAAGAUGAGAAAGUAGACCUUUGAUCGAAAAGGGUGGUUAGGAGAAUCCUUUACGCAUUACAUAUGGUCUACCCAACUUUCCUGAAAAAACUGAAUCAUCUCGUUUAUUCCGACAAGAAGUCUCUCCCACAUUUUGGUGGUAUCAAACACUAACAAAAAGAAUCCAUGAUUAGCUGACGAUCUUCCCCUCUAAAAAUAUACUCGUUUCUCUCAGUUCAGAUUGCCCACAGAGUGCAUGGAGGUUAAGCCACCUGUGCCCAAUGCAGUUUCACCUAGCAUAAACUUAUCAAACUAAUGUGAAUGUUACCAUUGUAAAACUAAUAUGUCAUAAUGUAUCUGCAAAAAUUGAUGCUAUGUAUACAUAUAAGAAUCAAAUAUGUGCGAGGAAUAAGUACGCUUUUUUUCGAUUUUCUGUGUUAAUGUUAUUUUAGGCCUUUAGCGAAUAAUUAACAUAUGUUACACCUUGAAAAAAUGACUCCAUUUUUUUAAUCUUUGGUUUUAUCUUUUCCAAAUUACAGACUUUACGUGACUAUAUUUUCGUGUCUUGUUAAUCAGUCUGACUAUGGUGUUUCUGCUGCAGUUCUUGUCACUGUUGGAUUCCAAAAUUGCAUUUGUCUGUGAAUUGAUGCGGGACUGCUAUGAAGCAUUUGCUAUGUAUUGCUUUGAGAGAUACUUGAUAGCAUGUUUAGGUAAUCUUAUCAUUAUUUAUUGUUUUAAUGACUUGCCUUCUGGGAGAUUACCAGAGUCAAAAAGAGUUGCGCAAGGAAAUAAAAUGAUCAGUCUGUCUGCUUUAUCUUAUUAGGUGCAGAAACAGAAGCAAAUAGCGUAUUUACUUGUUUUUAUUUUCAAGAUUCUGAAUAUUGUGUAUCAGAUUAUGAUAGGUAACAAAUCUUGGCUCAUCCUCUUGUCAGAUUUAGGUGGUUCAUUCCUAAUAGGAUCUCGUAGUCUAUAAAUCUUGCAGACUACAAUCUGUCUUUAAGCCUUAUCUGAAAAUUGUAGGUUAUGCAAACAGGUUUUUCGUUGAGCGGCAUGCUCUAAGAUCCUUGUAAUAUUUUUGGACAAAAAACUAUGUAGCUACAGCUUAAUGAAACCUCUGAAAAUCAAGGAAAUUUCCGAUUGCUAGCAUAUGCUUCAUAGAAUUAUUUAAUAUAAGUGCUCUUGUUGCAUUCUCUUAAUCUGUUUUGAAUGUUCUCUUAGGUCACUGUAACAAGGACAGUUGAGUCCUCAUGUUUAUAAUUUUCGUCAUAGAAUUUUUUCUAGUUAUGAGUGUUUUAAACAGGGUUCGUUGAGUUUGUCCGAGGUUGGCAGACAUCUAAUCUGCCUUGAUUUCUUAGUUUAAGAGUGUUCUGAUCAUCAUGAGCGCCAUCUGCUCUUGUAAUAUUUUUGGACAAUAAAUUACCGUCUUAUGGUUUGGCAGUUGAAAGGGUUCUGAUCCUUUGGAGAAGGGUUGAAUCCCUGUGAAUAGACUCAUCUCACAUGGGAAUCGUGUUGGGGUCACAUCAAUCUAUGCAAGUGAGAUAUGUGGUGAAAUAUUGCUGUCAAUUCGUUAGAAUAUUGGCAAUCGGGUGUCGUAACAUCAUUUCAAUUUAGAUGUGUGCUUUCUCCUGAGGCUUUCAUAAUCGUUGACAUCUGAUUCCAUAGUGCCAGGUACAUGAGGUUUCGAUAUUAAGUACUGUUGUGGGUAAAAGAUACGGUGAGGUUUCAUUCUCUUGGUUGAAAGGUAAGACCAUGUAAAAACAAUUACCAUCAUUAACAACCUGACUGUGAUAUACGGGGCAAAAUAUUCUAGAGUAAAACUGUUAUCAGGGUAACACCGAUAAGAAGUUUGUUAUAUAGCAUAAUAGAGAAGUAUGAAUUUUCAAUGUUUCUGUUUUAUUUCCAUCGCAAUUUUUAUAAAAAAGGGAAAUGUGGGAGUUCUAAGCUUCAACUGUGGAUCUUGAAACGCUCAGAGAUGCAUUGGCUUAAUUUCAGCUCCAUUAUUUUUAGUGGGUUUUAUGGUCUAAGUGGCGUGGGAAAACCUUCUGGGUGAAGAAGAUCCGAUGCAUAACGCUUUUGGUACUGGUGGUUUCUUUUUGAGGGUCUAUGAUGAACUAGCUGUCUAUUUCUUUUAUGAUCUAAAACAUGGAAGACAUCAGCAUCUAGGUUUUCUGAUCUAAACCAGUCUACUUCUUUUAUGUCUGCGAUUUAUGUGAACACCCUUUGAAUUCCUAGCGGCUCUGGGGGCUGGGUUAUUUUUCAUCUCUCUUUCUAUCGGGAGAAUGCUACUCUGAUUUGAUUGUCUUCAUCAUUGGCCAUGUACUUGAACUGUCGUAUUCCAUUCCUAAAGGUGGGGAGGAAAAUACGAUCAAGCUAAUGGAGGCCCAGGUUGAAAUCAGUUCUAGCACUCCUCUCCUGGAAGCUGCAUACGUAAAUGGCGUUGUGGAACAUCCAUUUCCUCUGAACUGGUUAUUGAAAGACUGGUAUCUCGGUCCUCACUUCUAUCAGUCUGUAAAAAUAGGCAUUGUACAGUAUGUAUGUAUCUGCCCUUUUUCCAUUGUGCGUCUUCUUUGCUGAAGCUGAAAUAAUUUUGAACUGUUCAUCUGAUGAUUUCUUGCCUAUCAGAUGAUAUUGAAGACGGUGUGUGCCCUUGUAGCUAUUCUUUUGGAGCUCAUUGGGGUUUAUGGCGAAGGGAAAUUUGAGUGGAGAUAUGGGUACUAACCUGCUCUGUCAAUGCUUAAUUUUUUCCUAUAAGUUUGGCAUACUCAAAUUCAUUUUUUUUUCCAUUUCCUAAGGUUCAGAGUUGCAUUUGUAUGACUCCGUAAUGUCUCCGUUCCUGAUUGUUUCAGUUCAGAAGACUUCCUUAUGUUUAUUCAUCUUAAUUAUAAAAAAGUACGAAGAAAAAUGCGCAUUAAAAUGAGCCCCACGAUUUAGUUCAUAAUUUUUCUUUUCUUUUUUUUAAAUCUUCGGUAGAAGAAAUUACACUUGAGCGCUUAUAACCAUUAGAUUCAAGUUAUUUCACUAUACAGUUAGCCAGUGGCUGAUUCAAAAAAUAAAAUAAAAUUACUCUUCCUUUGGGAUGCAGGUACCCUUAUCUGGCAGUCGUCCUCAACUUCAGCCAGACGUGGGCUUUAUACUGCCUCGUACAGUUCUACACCGUCACCAAGGAUAAGCUGGAGCCCAUCAAACCUCUGGCCAAGUUUCUGGUCUUCAAAUCCAUCGUGUUCCUUACAUGGUGGCAGGGAGUCAUUGUGGCGUUUCUGUUCUCGUUGGGCAUCUUCAAAGGCUUCUUGGCUCAAGAACUCAAAACCAGGAUCCAAGACUACAUAAUCUGCAUCGAGGUAUCGCCGUCCAUCAUAUCCAUAUGGUUUAAUUAUUCCAUAAUUGGAAUUUCUUCUAUAAUAUUAUUAUGUGAGAGAAAACCCAAAUCCAUUCCACUCAUAAAUUUUGGUUUAUUUAAGCUGAAAUAAUUCUCCCCGAAAUGAACAGCUCCCCAGUAAGAACACGAAUUCGAGGCUUUACUUUCUUCUUUAACCAUUUUUAGAAAUUACAGUUUCUUAUGAAUUUCCUUUCGUGUGUGAUAUGAUCAGAUGGGUGUGGCUGCCGUGGUGCACCUCUACGUCUUCCCUGCCAGGCCCUACCAACGGGGUGAGCGAUGCAUCCGAAACAUGGCCGUGAUGUCCGACUACGCCUCGCUUGACGCCCCCCCGGACCCUGAAGAGGUGAGGGACAGUGAGAGGCUCACGAGGGUCCGCCUCUCCCGCCCCGAGGACAGAGAGAAGAGGCUCAAUUUCCCCCAAAGCGUCCGCGAUGUGGUCGUCGGAAGCGGCGAAAUCGUGAGUUCCAAGUGAAAUCAUGGCAAGAAUAUAUGUUUUCUAUUUAUGGGUUUAAUAAUCUUCUUGAUCUUCCUAAUAUCGUGGAGUGGAGCAGAUGGUGGAUGAUGUCAAGUUCACGGUCUCUCACGUUGUGGAGCCUGUGGAGAGGGGGAUCGCCAGGAUCAACGAGACCUUCCACCAGAUCUCGGAGAAUGUGAGGCGGCAGGAGAGACGGCGGAAGAAGGCCAAGGACGACUGCUACCUGGUUCCCCUUCACUCCCGCAGCCGGGAGUUCUCGGAGAUCCGAGACCACCUCCCCGAAGGGAGUGUCAGUGACAGCGGGCUGUCCAGGAAGAGAUCGACGGCUCCAUAG